AUGGCCGCUGGAGUCGCAGCUUGGCUGCCCUUUGCCAGGGCAGCGGCCAUUGGCUGGAUGCCCGUGGCCAACUGCCCCAUGCCCCUUGCCCCAGCUGACAAGAACAAGAGACAAGACGAGCUUAUCAUCCUCAACGUGAGCGGGCGCAGGUUCCAGACGUGGCGGACCACGCUAGAGCGCUACCCCGACACCCUGCUUGGCAGCACAGAGAAGGAAUUCUUUUUCAAUGAGGACACCAAGGAGUAUUUCUUUGACCGAGACCCAGAGGUAUUUCGCUGUGUUCUCAACUUCUACCGCACAGGGAAGCUGCAUUACCCCCGGUACGAGUGCAUCUCUGCUUAUGAUGACGAGCUGGCUUUCUAUGGCAUCCUUCCAGAGAUCAUUGGGGACUGUUGUUAUGAAGAGUACAAGGAUCGCAAGCGGGAGAAUGCAGAGCGGCUGAUGGAUGACAAUGACUCUGAGAACAACCAGGAAUCCCUGCCAUCGCUCAGUUUCCGUCAGACCAUGUGGCGGGCCUUUGAGAAUCCACACACAAGCACGCUGGCCUUGGUCUUCUACUAUGUCACAGGCUUCUUCAUCGCUGUUUCCGUCAUCACUAAUGUAGUGGAGACAGUGCCCUGUGGCACGGUGCCUGGGAACAAGGAGCUGCCAUGUGGUGAGCGUUACGCGGUGGCCUUCUUCUGCCUAGACACGGCCUGUGUCAUGAUCUUUACUGUUGAGUACCUGCUACGGCUCUUUGCGGCACCUAGCCGCUACCGCUUUAUCCGGAGUGUGAUGAGCAUUAUUGAUGUGGUGGCCAUCAUGCCAUACUACAUCGGCCUGGUGAUGACCAACAAUGAGGAUGUGUCCGGCGCCUUUGUCACACUCCGGGUCUUCCGAGUCUUCAGAAUUUUCAAAUUCUCCCGGCAUUCCCAGGGCUUGCGAAUCCUGGGUUACACACUUAAAAGUUGCGCAUCAGAGCUGGGCUUCCUCCUCUUUUCUCUCACCAUGGCCAUCAUUAUCUUUGCCACUGUGAUGUUUUAUGCCGAGAAGGGCUCUUCUGCCAGCAAAUUCACAAGCAUCCCGGCCUCCUUUUGGUAUACUAUCGUCACCAUGACUACAUUGGGAUAUGGGGACAUGGUGCCCAAGACCAUCGCAGGGAAGAUCUUCGGUUCCAUCUGCUCCCUGAGCGGCGUCCUGGUCAUUGCCCUGCCCGUCCCUGUGAUCGUCUCUAACUUCAGUCGGAUUUACCACCAGAAUCAGAGAGCUGACAAGCGACGAGCUCAGAAGAAAGCCCGCCUUGCCAGGAUCCGUGUGGCCAAGACUGGGAGUUCCAACGCUUACCUGCACAGCAAGAGGAAUGGUCUUCUCAAUGAAGCCCUGGAACUGACAGGCUCCCCAGAGGAUGAGCACCUGACCAAGACCACAUCACUCAUUGAGAGCCAGCAUCACCACCUGCUGCAUUGCCUGGAGAAAACUACUGGGUUGUCCUAUCUUGUGGAUGAUCCCCUGUUAUCUGUACGAACUUCCACCAUCAAGAACCAUGAGUUUAUUGAUGAGCAAAUGUUUGAGCAGAACUGCAUGGAGAGCUCAAUGCAGAAUUACCCGUCCACAAGAAGCCCUUCACUGUCCAGCCACCCAGGCCUAACCACCUCCUGCUGCUCCCGUCGAAGCAAGAAGACCACCCACUUGCCCAACUCCAACCUGCCUGCCACCCGCCUGAGGAGCAUGCAAGAGCUCAGUACCAUUCACAUUCAGGGCAGCGAGCAGCCCUCACUCACAACCAGUCGUUCCAGCCUUAAUUUGAAAGCAGAUGAUGGACUGAGACCCAACUGCAAAGGAUCCCAGAUCACUACAGCCAUCAUCAGCAUCCCCACCCCGCCAGCGCUGACCCCGGAGGGGGAGAGCCGACCGCCACCAUCUAGCCCUGGCUCCACCACGAACAUUCCCCCCAUAGGCAGCAACAUCGUCAAGGUCUCCGCCUUGUAA